UUUGUUUUUCUUGGAGUCCCCCACGUGCGGCUGGGAUUUGUUGCUAGUUUACGCUUUAUAUUUCAUUUCCUGACAAAAUGAAUCACUUUGAGAUCCGGGAAAUACCCGGAAAGGGACGUGCCAUGAUAGCCACGAAAAACUUUGCGGCUAAUGAAGUCAUCUUCGAAGAGGAACCCUUUGUGUCCAGCCAGUUUUCUUGGAACACAGCCUACGGUUAUGCGGCCUGCGAUCAUUGCAUGCGCCCUUUGGAAACGGUUCUGCAGAACGUGCGCCGCUUGGCCAGCGAUCCAAAGGUGGAGGUACCACUACUGCAGCACGAUCCCACGGCUGCCUGGGUAGCGCAGUUUACUCACUGCCCCCGCUGCAAAGUUAGCUACUGCUCCGAAGACUGCCUAAUGGAAGCCCAAAAGCGCUACCACCGGGUGGCAUGUAUGGGCGCCUUUCGCUUAGACGACACACAUCCCAUCAACGUCCUUAACGAGACCUGGAAGAAAAUGCAUUAUCCUCCUGAAACCGGGACAAUCAUGUUAAUUGUGCGAUUGAUGGCCAUGUACCAGCAGAGUGCCAAGAAAUCUGAGUUCCUCGAACAGCUGCAAUCAUUCCAAGCUUUGAUUGUGAACCGAGAGCAGAAGAUCUACCACAAAAUGUUAGGCGAAAACUUUGAAAAUCAGAUGGAGCAGCUAUACCGUGCGUUUUGUCACGCCUUUGCGGGAGAGGAGUUUGCCGCGUUCACCACGCCCGACGCUUUUAAAACACUUAUGGGCAUCAUGGGCACCAACAGCCAGGGCAUCGCCACAAGCGUACUGGCUCAGUGGGUGGCCAAGGUCUCCGACCUUCCUCUGCCGGAAGCAGACAAAGCUCAAUUGGACACUGUGAUCGAUGAAAUCUACGCCAAAGUCGGUGAAUUUGCUGGCGAAUUCCUGAAUAACGAGGGCUCAGGUCUUUAUCUCUUACAAAGCAAAAUUAACCACAGUUGCGUGCCGAAUUCCUGCUCCACGUUCCCUUAUUCCAACGAUAUAGUAGUUUUGAAAGCCUUGACACCCAUCCAAGAGGGUGAUGAGAUCUGUAUCAGCUACCUAGACGAAUGCCAGUUAGAGCGCAGCCGGCACUCCCGACACAAAGUCCUUCGCGAGAACUACAUCUUCGUCUGCCAGUGUCCCAAAUGCCGAGCGCAGGCUUCUGAUCCAGAUGAGACCAGUGAUGAAGAGGACGAUGAUGAGAUGGACGAUUAUGAUGAAGAUGACGAUAUGAACUAAACAAAGGACGACCUACAUCCUUUAUUUUAUUUAAAAAUUUUGUAUUGAAAUGAAAAUAUGCGUUUGUACAAUUCAUUGAGUACUAAUAUAUGUACAUAUAU